AUGAGCGACAACAAAAGUGUAAAACGUAAAAGAAAUCGCUUUAAAGUCGUGUGUUUAAAAUGUGGCAGUAUAUUUAAUAACGAUUUUAAAAAACAACACGAAGAAAAAGAACACAAUGUAAAGUCAGUUAAUAUUAAACUUGUUGGUGCUCCCGAUAAUCCUUUUCAAAGUGCUGCUAAAACAAACUUGUCAAAAACCCGGUGGAUUGCUGGUGCUGAAAGCGUUAAGGCUGUAUGGAAUUCAUUAGAGAAGCUAAUGAAAAAAGCAGAAGAAGUAAAGCAUAUUUUACCAUGUGACAAUUAUAUCUAUCGUUUGACAUUGACUUCUCCAGUAACAGUCGCAUCAAACGAAAGAUCUUUUAAUAAAUUAAAAUCGAUUAAAACACAUCUUAGGUCAACAAUGGCUGAUGAGAGAUUAAAUUCUUUGGUUGUAUUGGGAGUAGAAAAAGAUAUUGUUGACCAAUUGGAUAUGAAUAAAAUACCUCAUAAAUGGUCAAUUUUAAAAAAUCGACGU